GGUGGCCGGGCGGGCUGGGACCCCUGCCCUCGGGGCCGACGGCUGCUCGGAGGCGAUGGCGAAGCCUCGCACGCGGAGCCAGCCGAGCCCUACUCUCCUCUACCCCCUCCGUGGCCCGGGCCGCCUGUGCCUUCUCGGCUUCCGAGUGUGAGUCCCGCCCCCCGGGCCGAGGGGGACAUCGGGGGGCUCCCCUUCCUCUCCCCCCGCCGGAGCCUGGAUCCUGGCCUUUCUGGGGUGAUUGAAAGCCGCCCUUCCGCCCUCUGCCUGUGAAAGCUGCUGUCCGGAGCCGCCGGCACUAAUGCUGCGCUCUAUCAUGGAUGCACUUAUAGAAGAUGACAUCUGCAUUUUGAACCAUGAAAAGACUCAGAGGAGAGAUACCAUCACUCCUUUGUCAAUCUAUACAGGAGAUGAGUCUAUGGCAUCCCACUUUGCCCUUGUCACUGCAUAUGAAGACAUCAAAAAGAGACUUAAGGAUUCAGAGAAGGAGAAUUCUCUCUUAAAGAAAAGAAUACGAUUUCUGGAAGAAAAGCUUCUUGAAACCCGAUUAAGUGAAGAUGCAAGCUCUGUAGGAAGAGAACAAGUAAACAAGGCCUAUCAUGCUUAUCGGGAGGUCUGCCUAGACAGAGAUAAUUUGAAAAGCAAAUUGGAUAAAAUGAAUAAAGACAACUCUGAAUCUUUGAAAGUGUUAAAUGAACAGCUGCAGACUAAAGAAGUUGAGCUCCUCCAGCUCCGGACAGAGGUUGAGACUCAGCAAGUGAUGAGGAAUCUAAACCGACCUUCAUCAAAUUGGGAGGUAGAAAAGCUGAGCAGCGACUUGAGAAUCCAUGGUUUGGAACAGCAGCUGGAACUGAUGAGAACAGAAUGUGCUAAUCUAAGAACAGAACUCCAAAAAUUUAAAUCCAAGGGUCUGUCUCAGGAAGACAAUCUCAAUAACACAGACUUCCAAAGGCCAAACAUUCAAAGUGAUAACAUGCAACAUGCCUACUGGGAACUCAAGAGAGAAAUGUCUAAUUUACAUCUUGUGACUCAAGUGCAAGCUGAACUACUAAGAAAAUUUAAAACUUCAUCUAUAAUCAAAAAAGCUUGUGCUCCAGUCCAGUGUGUGGACGACCUGGUGAAGGACUGCACAAAUUUACAUUUGGGGUCUUUAACUGCAACCUACAAAAGACACACCCCUCUUUCACCGAAUGGCAAAGGCUUCUGCAGUGCCAUGGCUUCCCCUCUGUCUGGAGAGAGAGCAAGUCUCCAGUCGUGGGCAGAGAAUGAGAGAGUCAGUCCUGGUGGAGCUACAAACUUUCAAGAACAGAAUUCUUAUGGCAGAAAUUCUUUAGAAGACAAUUCAUGGGUAUUCCCAAGCCCCCCAAAGUCUAGUGAGACAGCAUUUGGGGAAAGUAAAAGUAAAACACCUUCCCCCAACCUGCCUCACCUGGAUCAGCAUAAUCCCAACUGCCUUUACAAGAACUAAGUCAGAAGAGACUGGUGGUCGGUCACCUUGGCACCGGGAGGACGGGCACAAGACACUGGCGCAGCUGGCCCCAUGGCGGCCUCGGGUUCUGGGGCCAUCCUUGACUUCCAGCCCGCUUGGAUUUGCACAUUCUGUCCUGCAGUCGCGUAGUUGAGUUUGUAACUUUCAGUCUAGACUAAAACAACCGGGCUAGCCCACUCUAUUUUAACAAGUAUAGACACGUGCACUAUUUAAUAAAUUACAGGAAUUCUCUUAGUGUUUUUAAAGACAACUCUACCUUUGAUAACAAUUGCUGUAGAUUUAGGCAUCUCAGGUAAAGAAAAAUGAUAGCAACUAGUUUUUGAACUUGAGGUCAGAAAUAUACACAGGCUUUGUAAGAUGUCUAAAUAAUAAACAUCUUCAUUCACAGGAAUAAUGGGUUGCUGGAGUUUUGAUUCAAAUCAUGUAAAUUACAAAAAACAAAUCCUGCCUAGGGGAGCAGCAGCUAGUAAAAUGUGUUUUAUUUCCCAUUGGUCUUUUUAUGAACACAGAUAGAUUGUGAAAGUAUUGGUACAGAAUAAUUGUUCUAUGGAUAGGCGAUUUCCAUAUGCCAUUUUACUUCAAAUCUUUAGACUUGACAAUUGCUUUCUAGGCAAGAGUACUAGAAUAACCAUCAUUUCUAGAAUACUAGAAUGGUCAUCAUUACUUCUGUGUGAUUUUAAUUCUGUUUACAACUGUUUAUAAUCCAGACUGCUCAAUCACUGGAGCUGGCUGGCUGUGUUCACUAGCUCCCUUGAGCAUUCAAUUUAAAAGUAAGAUUUUUUUUUUUUUUAAGGUUAAAGACAAAAUAUGUUUUUUAAUUUUUUUUUCUUUCGAUGAGAAAACCACAUAUUACCAAUUGGAUAAUAGAGGAGUGUUUUAUAAUUUUAUACAUCAGUAUGUUAAAAAGUAUAUGUCAAUAUUUAGAACCGGCAAAAGGAAUGAAUUGUCUCCAAGUGAUAACACUAGCUGCCUUUUCUUUAGUAAAGCAGCUUAAUUUUUUAAAUGGCAAUACAUUAAUCCAUGGGGAACAUUCCAAAUUUAGUGAAGAAUCAUUAAUUGCCAGUGGAAUUUCGGUGGGGUUGCCAGAGUUUUUUACAAGUGCAAAAGAACACUUGACGAGGAUGGAAGAAACAGCCGACCUUCCGGGGAACUUUCUGGUAGGGAUUGAGUAUCUGUUCCUUUGAACUGGUGCCAUCCGGACAUCUCCUGGUGUAGAGAUCUUUUUGCUUUGGGAUCUCGAAUGCCUUUUUUCCCUUUCCAGUAUUAGGCAGUUUGGUGUUAUUUAAACUCAAAAGAAUUCCUCAACCCUCCUGCUGUAUUACUGAACAGCAUACAUAAACAAGACCAGAUAUUGUUUGUAUCUUUCUAUUAUCUUACUCACGUAUACUGGCUUGUCUGUGAUUAAUGGAAAUGGUGUCAGAUGCUGGAAUUUAUUCUGACCAAUGAACACAGCUGACUCAAGGGAGUACAAUCUCUUGCAAAGUAAUAGAACAAACCCAAUAUGCAUAAAACAAAUACAAGUCACUAGGCUUUAGCUGAUAGAACCAACUACCUGUGUAAUAACAAAGUGGCAGAAACUAUUUCUCAUGUGGCUGCAUAGACUGUACGUUAUGUCUGAUCUCUAAUGUAGCUUUCCCAGUGUUGGCUUUUCCUUAACCAAAAUUGAGUCUUUUUUUCCUUUUUAAAAGUAGUAAAUUGGGAGAGACACUGGCUUGGAUAACAUUCUGAACUAUACAAAGAUGAAAUCAUAUUGUUUGAUUUAAAUAAAUUAUUUUUAUUUGAAUAUGA